CCCCGAAGAUGCCUUCCCUCUCCCUUCCCUUCCCUUCCCUUCCCCUUCCCUUCCCACCAUAAAUGCUCACAACACUUUCCUCAUCGUAUUCUUUAUCAUACAUUGCUCGUUCCAACGUAUCCUUACUAUAUGCAUGUUGUGUAUUCAUUCAUCUUCUUCUACAAGUCAAAACCUCCACCACACUCUUUCUCUCCAGUCCCUUCCCUCCCACUUAUAUAUAAGACUCGUUGCUUUCGCUUCUCUUUCUCCUCCUCUUCCACAAGGGAAGGAAGAAGAAAACAGUCGUUAUGCUCACGAGAGAAGAAGGGGAGGAAGAGCAAGAGGAGGAGGAGGAAGAAGAGGCAAAGGGGAGGCGGAGGGCGUUCUCCGUCAACGACAACGUCGACCUGCUGGCGGAGAUACUGGGCCGCCUGGACGGCCGGUCCCUGGCGGUGGCCGGGUGCGUGUGCCGCCUCUGGAACGCCGUCGGCCGCCGGGACAGCGUGUGGGAGGCCGUGUGCCACCGCCACGUGGCUGGAGGUGGGAGCAGCGCGGCCGAUGGCGGCUGCAGCACGCGGUCCGUGGUGGCCGCCCUCGGCGGGUACCGCCGGCUCUACCGGCUCUGCAUCGGGCCGGCCCUGGACCGGCUCGCCGGCUCGGCAGGGGGACGGGGAUCGACGACGACGACGGCGGAGGCAGCGGCGGCUCACCACCUCUCCCUCUCCCUCUCCCUCUCGCUCUUCUCCAUCGACUGCUACGAGCGGCUGGGCGGGAGGCAGCAGCGGCCGGCGUCGUUGCUAUUCCUGUGUAAGCCGGUCGACGUGUCCUGAUCAUGGCCGUUGGAUUCCUGGAGCACGUAGAGGAGAAGUCCCCCAAGUGUUCCAUUCAUGCAGUACUGUUUCUACCACCAAGUCUCUAUCGACAUUUUAUCUAUUUGAGAAAAAAAAAAGGAAAUAAUUCCUCAGCCUUUAUAUUAUUAUUGUUAGUUAAUUAAUUAGCAUCUAUAUAAUUUUCUUGUCUUUGAAUA